AUGUCAUUUCGUUUUAUAGUGUUGUUAGCAUUCGUCGCAGUUGCGAGAACGACCGUCAUUAAUAAUGAGUUGCAGCCAAACUCAACUCUACGCGUCGAAGGGCAAAACUCGAAUAGCACAAGUGGAACUAACAGUGAUAAAGGAUUUUGGGAUUGGCUGCUGCAAACGCCGCCAGCACCAAUUUCAGAACCACCGCAAGUAGAAAAAUGUGAAAAAUGCACUUGCGGCUUGACGAAUAAACAUACUCGUAUUGUCGGAGGCGUUGAGACACUUGUCAAUCAAUAUCCUUGGAUGACUCUAUUGAUGUAUAGGGGUCAAUUUUAUUGCGGUGGGACAGUUAUAAAUUCACGAUACGUGUUAACGGCUGCCCACUGCAUUGACAGAUUCGAUACAAGUAAAAUGACUGUUCGAAUAUUUGAGCACGAUUGGAAAUCGACUAAUGAGACUAAAUCGCAGGAUUUCAAAGUAGAAAAUACACUCAAGCAUAUCGGUUACUCGACUACCAAUUACAACAACGAUAUUGCACUCAUUAAGUUAAAAACUCCGAUUCGAUUUCGAGAUUCAAUGCGGCCUGUUUGCCUUCCGGAACCAAUAAAAACUUUUGCUGGUGAGACAGGAAUAGUGACCGGAUGGGGUGCUAUCCGCGAAGGCGGAAUGGUAUCGCAAACUUUACAAGAAGUUACUGUUCCUAUACUGUCGAAUGUCGAAUGUCGCGCUACGAAAUAUCCGACACGUAAAAUAACAGAUAACAUGCUGUGUGCGGGGUACACUGAAGGCGGCAAAGAUUCCUGUCAAGGUGACAGCGGUGGUCCAUUGCACGUAGAACAGAAUGACGUCCACCAGAUAGUCGGAGUAGUAUCCUGGGGCGAAGGCUGCGCGCGACCUGGAUACCCUGGAGUAUACAGCCGAGUAAACCGAUUCCGUUCGUGGAUUGAACGUUACGUUGAGGAAGGUUGCUAUUGUUAA